GCCACCCAAGCAGCCAUGGCGGCCGCGCUGCUCCGCCGUGCGCUCCACCUCCGCCGCGUGCUCCUCGCUUCCGCACAGCGCCUCUCCCCCGCCUUCUCGGCCACUCCGACCCCGAAGACCUCCCAGCAGAACGCCGCCACCACCACGAUCGACCUCUCCUCCGACGAGAGUCGCCGCCGCCUCCUCAACAGGUUGGUGUACCGGAGCAAGCAGCGGGGUUUCCUGGAGCUCGACCUGGUGCUGGGCACCUGGGUCGAACAGCACGUGCACGCCAUGGACGAGCCCAACAUCCGCGCCCUUCUACAAGUGCUCGACCUCGAAAACCCAGAUUUGUGGAAAUGGUUGACUAGUCAGGAGCAGCCACCAGAGGAUCUGAUUUCUAAUCCGGUGUUUUCUGCCAUCAAAUCAAAGGUCACAGAUAACCUGAUCAAGCAUGCUUCUCCCGAGACCCGAUCAACACCUGGCCAACCUUGGGUUAGAGGAUGGGAUGACAUAAAGAAAGGCAAAGAUGGACCUAACUAUGGAAAUCAGUGACAUGUUCCUUGAAAUGGGGAUGACAGCUUUACAUCCUAAAUAAUCCCCCCCCCCCCCCCCCCCCAUGUUUUGUGUUCGUGUAGAUUAAGGUGAACUGUGACCGGCAUGUGAGAAGUUUGUUAAAUCGAUAUUGGAGAAUCAGCUUGUAACUACAGAUGGCACUCCUGAUGUGUCCCUGGCAGUUUGUCUGCAACUGGAAAGAUGGUAUACAUAGCAUUGUGUUACUUAUGGCAAUCCUUGAAGCAUUUGGACUGAAACUUAAAUAUUGAAAAUGUGGACGACAAACAUCAUCAGAAAGAAGUGUAUUUCUUGCUGCCCUUAUUAUUAAAUUUUAAAUGAUA